UCUCUCUCUCUCUGUGCAUUCACUAAAGCUCCGGGUGAAAGAGAAAAGGAGGGUGGAGAUUAGAGGGAGAGAGCGGCGGACUGCUGAUGCAGGCUGAUGGGGGAAGCAUGUUAUCUGUGCGGGGAGCCUCGCUCCGCCCCGCCAGCGGAGGUGGGCACCAGGCGGUUAAGUGCAGCACCAAACCCAGAGGGAGGAGAAAGAGAGAGAAACAGAGAGAGUGCAGGUUUCACCUGGAACCGACACCAUCCGAGCCCCCACGUCCAAACUUCCACUGGGGAGGGUGGGGAUUGGGGGAAAGAACCUAAACUCGAGUUGGACUGAAUCGUCAGGGGCUGUGUUUCUGGCACACACACACAAAAAAAACGACCCUCCCGCCCCCAUUGCUGACACUGAACAGCAACCCAGCAAUCCAGGAAUCUUCCAGUUGUGGGUCUUUGUCAGUCCAGACUGAACGAUUUAUUCUCUUUAGCUGUUGGCUGGACUUCACCAAAUUGAAGACUGAAGAGGUUUCCUUUUUCAGGACGACGGAAAAAUGAAUGAUAAAGGCUUCACUAUUUUAAUUUAGGAUUUCCAGCAGUUUUGACUGUUGCUUCUCGCCGACCACCCUCCGCACCAGUUCCCACAGCAAUGCCAAGAAACAGACGAAAGUUACGCUAUCUGUGUGUGGAGACUGGACACAGCCAUUCACUUUUUGGGAAAGGAUGUGACAAGGAUGUCUGCUUUCACACAAUUUUUGAAUGCUGUAGGAGAAGAUUUUGAGAGAACUCGGCUCUGGUCUCCCAAAACAUCAUGGGACCAGUAUUGGUUAUCGCAACAUUAAGAGCAUCCAGUACGUUGAUGACAUAGCCCUUACAGUCUAAAACAAAUAUGAACUUUCCUUGGGGAUUAAUGAGUUGAUAAAGUCAACUCUUUAGUUUGGGUUGUGUGUCAACAUUAAGGAUACUCAAUGAAUAUUCAUGAUGAGAGGUGUGUGUUGAUUUCUGUCCACCCCAUUGGUAACACAGAACAAUUCUGAUUUCUGGAUUAAGGAAUACCACUUAUAAAACCAACACAAGCCAAACUAUUUCCCAAUCUACCACUCAUCAGCUGAAUUAAAAAUGGAGAUCAUCCAACACGUGACUUGAAAAAGCAACUUGCAAAAUCCCAAUGAGACAAUGAUCAUUGAUGCUGACCACAAGAAUGGAAUGUGAACUAUCAAGGAAAAACAGCAGGGAAGAUCUGAGAAAGACUGAAUGGUGGAUAACAUCAGAAAUUGGGAGGGAGGGAACAACUGACAGUGGAGUGCAGAAUUGCAGUGAAUAGACAGAGAUACUGACACCUCCUUGAGACAAAGUGUUAGUGCAAAUUAGAUGGAAAAGGUGGGGUUUGUGACAUCACUCCAUCAUUAUUACCUCAGAAAUACCCAGAAAUGAACGAGGGUCCAGCAGAACAGGGACUGACCCUGUUUUUCACACGAACCAUUAAAUUGUCACCACAAACCUAAUAUCAGAUAUCAGUGAUGCAGAGGAUGCCCUCAAUUUGCUUUCAGCUGGAUGCCUGUACAUCAUACCUGACCCGCUGCUUAACGGUCAAUGGCUCUGAAAUAUGAGUUCCGCAGCUUGAGUCUGUGAAAUGUCUGAAGAACCCUAGCUACUGCUGAAGAAAUCUUCAAAACACGCUCACUGCUGGGAGUAUUUGAAGAAGAUGCUGCUGCCAUCUCAAACUAUACCAACCAACUUUACAACGCCAUGAAGAGGAUUUAUGAUGCACAGAAUGAAUUAAGCACAGCAACACGUUUGACCUCCAAGCUGCUCAAGGAAUAUGAGAAACAGCGUUUUCCCCUAGGUGGUGACGAUGAAGUCAUGACCUCCACACUACAGCAAUUUGCUCGAGUAAUAGAUGAACUCAGCUCCUGCCAUGCUGUCCUUUCAACGCAGUUAGCUGAUGCCAUGAUGUUUCCCAUCACACAGUUUAUGGAGAAGGAUUUAAAAGAAAUGCUAACCUUAAAUGAAGUAUUUGCUAUAGCAAGUAAUGAUCAUGAUAUGGCUAUUAACAAAUAUAGCAGACUAUCCAAGCGGAAGGAAAAUGAUAAGUUGAAACUAGAGGCAACUGAAGAUCUGUACACAUCUAGAAAGAAGCAGCACCAGACCAUGAUGCACUAUUUUUGUGCGCUGAACACAUUACAGUACAAGAAAAAGAUUGCACUGCUAGACCCUCUCCUGGGAUAUAUGCAAGCGCAGAUAAACUUCUUCAGAAUGGGUUCUGAACACAUGGCUCAACAGUUGGAAGAAUUUCUGACAAAUAUUGGUGCCAGUGUACAGGGUGUCCGUCGGGAAAUGGAUACUGAACUGGAAACCAUGCAUCAGACCAUUCAGGAUCUGGAAGUAGCCAGCGACUCAUUGUAUCUACCUGAUCCAGAUACCAAACUAAUCAACAUCAAUAAAAAUCUAACCAGAAAAACUGGUUAUAUGAAUACAAGAAAUAAAACCAGAUUAGUGUCAUCCACCUGGGAAAGGUAUUACUACUUCACCCAGGGUGGAAACCUGAUGCGUCAAGCUCGAGGGGAUGUUGCAGGAAGUCUUGUCAUGGACUUGGACAACUGCACUGUUAUGGCUGUGGAAUGUGAGGACCGAAGAUACUGCUUUCAAAUCACUGCCUUUGAUGGGAAAAAAACAGUUCUUUUACAAGCAGAGAGUAAAAAGGAGUGUGAAGAGUGGAUUGCAACAAUCAAUAAUAUUUCCAAACGUAUCUAUCUCAGCGAAAAUCCAGAAGAAUUGGCUGCUCGUGUAAACCAGUCUGCUUUGGAGGCUGUUACACCUUCCCCUUCGUUUCAACAGAGACAUGAAAUCUCAAGGCCUACUGUCCACGGCAGACCUCAGUCCUCUCGAGCAAACAGUUCCAGCUCCGUUGGAUCAGAAUCUGCUUCUCUUUCCGCAGUGUCAUUAGAUUCAAUAGUUGCUCCAGACACACCCAUUCAGUUUGACAUAAUUUCUUCUGUCAGUGAGGACUUGUCUAACCAAGCAAAGAUUUCAGGACCAGGCACCAGAACAAAUCCAUUUGGAGAAUCUGGGGAACCAAAAACAGAGGAACCUGAAGAAUCUAUACUUCAUCAGUUGUUUAUUGUGAGAUUCCUUGGAUCAAUGGAAGUAAAAGCAAAUGAAACCUCAGAUGUUAUUUGUGACACAAUGCGUCAAAUCCUUGCUGCCCGUGCUAUACAUAAUAUUUUUCGAAUGACCGAGUCACAUUUACUAGUAACCAGUGACUGUUUGAAGUUGAUUGAUCCUCAGACUCAAGUCAUUCGCUUAAGGUUUCCUUUGCAAAACGUGGUUCUUUGCGCAACUCACAAAGAGAACAAACGUCUUUUUGGAUUUGUGCUGCACACUGGAGGAAGCAGAGCAGAAGGGCGACCGAUCUCAGUCUGCUAUGUGUUUGAAUCAAACAAUGAGGGAGAGAAGAUCUGUGAUUCUGUUGGACUGGGCAAACAGAUUGCUUUUCAUUCAGAAAUGGAUCGUCGGACCACAGACAAACAAAGAGAAUUUGACCGAGAAAAGGAAAAGCAACUCAUGGAACUUAAUAAACAAAAACAAAUUGAAAAGGAUUUGGAGGAACAAAGUCGCCUAAUAGCUGCUUCUGUUCGACCAAACCAGAUAAGUGGUGAGAGCCAAUUUGUGCCAUUGGAAAAUAGUGUGCAGACAGAAAGCAGUGACGCAGGAGAUGAUGGAAAGAAAAAGGAAUUGGAAACCUGAAGUGUUGACAAUGAAGAUGAAGAAAAUGUUGCUUGGGUUCCAUUUGUAUUUGGACAACAACAGUGAAGAGCACUAAAUAAAGACCAAGAUUCUGCAGUCAGUGGUAAUAUGACAGCACUUGCCUCUGAUCUUGAAGAACUGUUGCCCUCAAAGAUUUAUGAUAUGGAUUUCCUCCUUUCUUGACAUUAGUUUGAAUCUGGUGCCAAGUCAUGAGGAUCUCCAGGCACCAGCAACAAUGAUGUCAUCAAGUAGGGUAAGCUCAUCACGUUCAAUUAUUCUCACAGAAAGCAAACCAGGAUGUAAAAUAUACUAAUUACUCUUUGUUUUAAAUAUGUUUUACAAAGAGUGAAAUAAAUGAUUGGGAUGUAUGCAUUAGAAGCUAAAGUUUUUAAAAAUGUAUCACAAACUUAGAUUUUUAAAUCAAAAUCAGCCAUAGUUAUGACUUAUUAUGUGUUUAAGAGUCUAGUUACACCUCAUGAAGGUAUAACAUUUUAUUAAACAGUGGUAUUUCAGAACAAAAGAGAAGUUCUUUUCAGUGCAAUGAUUUCUAAUUGAAUGCAGCCUGCCAAGACUUUGAGAAUGCACCCAAUGGAGGAGGGUAGAAUUGGACAGUAACUUCUGGAAUUUCCUGCUUAAUUGAGCAUGUUUGAAUGCUGUCAAUUUCAGAGGAGUAAUGAUGGCAAAUACUGACUGCUUUGCCAUCAUUUAUGACAUAAGGCCUGGCCACAAUCACCGUGAAAUAAUGAUAUAAAUCCUUGGGGAUCACUAAGAGAAUUAAUCUAAAAAUUAAUUUGUAAAAUAAUGUUCUAGGCAGUUCGACCCAAGUGUGAUGAAAUUUUCAGAACCUUCCAAUCUUCAGUUCCUAUCAUAACCCAAGAUAAUGUGUAAUAAGGAGCCAAAAUAGAAAUAAGCACUGUAACAUCUGGUUCUGAACUGCUUACUAAUUAUUCUGCAUAUCGUUGCAUUUUUAUUUGAAAGUAAGGUCUAUGGAUUCUAUAUUUUAUACAUUUUAUCCUUAUACUGUGUAUAUGUAUAAAUGUGUGUAGCAAGAGUUAACGUAUCUUAAGCUUGUUCAUGGUUUUUAAUUGGUUUAAAAAUAUCUCAUUUAUCUUUCAUAAAAUCAUAACUUACCAAUUUACAGUUGCUUUUGAAAAGCAAAUUGAAUGGAAGAUCCUUUUUCCCUUUACUGGUACUUGCUAAAAAAUCAUACAUUGUGCUCUACUUAAGAAGUGAAUCAUAUUUUAAAAUAUAUACAAUUGUUUUUUGUGCUCAUGAAUGUUAGUGAAACCCCUCAUAUCUGAUUUACAAUACAACGCAAUACUUUAUUCAGAACACAGUUAUUAGCUUCACACUCUGCUACGCCACUUGAGAUUGAACAGGCUAAUGGAUAACCGUGUAAAUUAUAGAUUUAUUGAAAUGGAUUUACGUAAGGUUAUAACUAAUACAAGAAUCAAUUUAAAAAAUAAUUUCAGUUUUGUGAAGUCAAAGUUGAAUGCAGUUUGUUCUGAGGCAUUUAAAUGACUUUUGCUCAAACUGAAUUAAGACACCUGUAAGGUAAUAAAUGGAUUUACCUGUUGCACAGUUUGACAAUUAUUUUGUUUAGUUUAGUGAAGGCAAUUUUUAGGUAAAUAGGCAAUAUCAUAAUGUUAUAUGUACUUUUAGAAAACAAUAGGGAGUUGGGUUGUUUUAGGAAAACUGACAAGUAGUGUAUUUCUUUGGCUAUUGCAAAUUAUCCUUAUUACCUUUAUGGAUUUAUUUCAUAACUGAAAUAAUUAUGAGUGUGAGAAUUUUUAAGUAAGUUGGUUAAGCUGUGCGGUAAAACUCCUUCUGUAUUGACUAAACGUUGCACAAUUCUAUAAAGUGUCCAUCCCUGCUUCAGGUACACACUUUGUACGGACUUUUAAAGCAAAUAACAUACGUUAAUAUGA